CGUUCAUUCAAGUACUAGUAUUCCUUACUUGUUUAAGAAGAACCUACAAAAAUUGUAUAAAAAGAAAAAGUUUUUGUUACAAGCAAUACCAAGCAUGGCUCAAGGAAACAUUAUACUCAGUUGGCUACUUUUAAGUUGUCUCUUUAGUGUUGCAGUUGCACAUACUCAGUGUUCAUAUGAACAUACAAACGAAGAUACAACACAACAAUGUGAUCCUGGUGUACUUCUUGCUAAGGAGAUGAGAAAAAUGGCAACCGAAAUUGAUCGACUUGAAGGUUUGAUAAAGGAGCUACAAAGAGACAAACAUCGUCAUAUCGAGUCAGACUAUGUUGAUUACUAUGAUGAGAUCGCUCAAGCAACAUGUACUGCCAUGAAUACAGAGGGAAGAGAAACAUUUGCAGUGCGUAGAGCAUGUACAGGGUCAGCAACGCGAACAUGUCAGGUCAUUUGUGAGGAUCCAGCCUUGAAAGUUCAAAGUGGGGACCCAAAUAUUUAUAAUAGGCCAAUGUCCUGUUUCAAUGCUCUCCAUGUGUAUCAAAACAGACCCAGGUUUCCCCAUGGACAAGGAAUAGAGAAACUUGGUCUGCAGGUCUACAGAUAUAACCAUUGUACCAAUACAGCUUGUGGACCUAAUUAUUGUUGUUGUAGAAACUCUUAAGGAAAUAGUGAGUCACUCAGAUCACGACUAAUAUGAAGGACACAUAUGAAUGUAACAUUUAUGUCCAGAAUCCAAAUACAAGCAGAAUAUAAGAUGCACAUAAAUGUACAAACAGUUGAAUGAUAGCAAAGAAGGUAUAACAAUAUAUCAGAAAAGUGCAUCUCUAAAUAAGAGGUUGGAAAUAAAAAUGAUAUUGUUGAAAUAGACUUUAAGAGCAUUAACUAUCCAAGACAAUAACAUGUUGAAUUCACAGAACAAAUGGUUAAAUUCAAGAAUUUUAAAUGCGUAAUACUCUAUACCAUUUACAACAAUGGGCAAAAUUCUGAAAUCCUCAUCAUUUGCUAGGAAUUUAGAGCACAAGAAAAGUGUGCGAAUUCAAAAUGUUUUACAGUACAUGCAUGUGUAUUAUCUAAAACAUAUUCUGAAACUUACUCUCUUUUUCCGAUGUUCAUUUU